AAAGUGAACGAAUAGGUUAUUGACACAAAUCCAAUUGUUUUAGUUGAAAAAGUGAUUAAAGUUUGAUGGAUGAGACAAAGAAAAUUAUGAAAAUGAACGUGUUUAAAGCUUAAAAUUCAUAAAUAUAAGCAUCAAUUCGAGAUUAUCGGAAUCAAUUCAUUAAAUAAACUACAAGAUUAAUAAAGUUUCGUACAAUAAAUCGCAAAGAAAAAUGGUUCGAGGGCGUAAACCGCGAGUUCAAAAAGCCAGUACCACAUCACCAUCAAAGAAGCUUCCGACAAAUAGUUUGCUCGUCAAUGCAUUGUUUGAGGCACACGAUAGUGCAUUUAGUAGUCCGAAACGAAAAGAGUCAAAGAUUGAUGGCGUACUGAUGGAAAAUGGCGCUGGCAAGAUUGUAAAUGGAAAAGUUAAGCCAUUUCGUCCAGCAACACGUUCAACAAGAAAGAUUAAUGAAUAUUUUGCCAAAUUACCAGCAAAUGGAUUGAUUCGCGUUCAAAAUGGACAUUCAUCACCGCAUUCACAUUCAGAUGAUAGCUGUGACUCGAUACAGCUCGACUCAAGUUGUGAGAUUGUUGAACAUAUAACAGAAAAUGUUCCACCAAAUAAUAUCGAGGAUCAUGCAAUACAAUUAAAGCAACAGAAAUUAUCGUCAAAUGGACCUAUUUUAAUGCCCGAAGCUCAAUUAGCAAAUUCAAAUUUAUUUUUACAAGAGCCAGUGUUAAAGCUUCAAUUUGAAAAAAGCGAAGCAGUCAGUAAUGUUACAGCAACUACAGCAACCAUAAAGACAUCAUUCUUAUCAACUGAAAUCAACACAAAGUUUCAAACUCUGCCACCAACUGAAUAUAUCAAUAAAGUACUCAAUGUAAAUGGAUCUCACGAUGAUAAUAACGAAAUCGUUUCAGAUGAGCAUAAACUAGCAUUCUUACUUAAUUCAGACAGUAAUUCCAGUGACUCUGGUGUCGUUAUAAAUGGUGAUUCCGAUGGUCCUGAUAAUUUAUUAAAAUCACCACUUCAUCUGACUGGAAAGCGUCGUAAACCAACAACGCCACAUCGAAUGAUUUUAUGUCCAUCAACUAUCAACGUUGCACCAAUUGUUGUUCAUCAUAAUAAUCAUAAUACUACUAAUAAUAAUAAUAAUAAGCAAGAUGCUGAAAUUAUUCAACCGGCAAGAACAAAAAGUCGCGCAAAGACAAAACUUCCAUUAUCAAGUCAAGAUGUUGUUCAUCAAGAUCACGAUUAUGACAUUAAGAAGCCUCAAGAGGCAAAACCAGUAAAGACUGCACCACCAACAGAUAACAAUAAGAAAGUCACAGAGUUCUUCACAGUUCGUCGGAGUGUACGAAAGACAAAGAAGGAAGUACAGGCUGAGCGUAUGAGGAAUAUUGAGCAGGCUAUUUUUGAAGAGAGGGAGGAAGGAUUGGCAGUUAAAGAAUUUCCAUGUAAAGGUCGCGGAAUCGUCACAACAAGACCAUUUCAACGAGGCGAGUUUGUAAUUGAAUAUAUUGGCGAUCUCAUAUCCAUGGCUGAAGCUAAUAGACGUGAGAAAAAGUAUGCAGCAGAUGAUAAUACGGGUUGUUAUAUGUACUAUUUCAAACACAAUGAUCAACAAUACUGUAUUGAUGCAACAAGAGAGACUGGAAAGCUAGGCCGUUUAGUAAAUCAUUCCCGCAAUGGAAAUCUGAUCACAAAGACCGUGAUGAUUGGAAAGGAUCCACAUUUAGUUCUAAUAGCAAAAGAUGAUCUCCCUUCUGGAGUCGAGCUAACAUAUGACUAUGGCGAUAGAUCAAAGGAAUCGCUCAUACAUCACCCAUGGCUUGCGUUUUAAUGUUUUAUUUCAAUGAAUUGGGAAACAAAGUUUAAAAUUCAUAGAACAGAAAUUUUUUAACGCUUAAUUUUUUUUCCAUAUCUUAAUCCUUUUUAUUUUUUCGUUUUCUUCAUCGUUUUAAGAUGCAUAGAAAUACUAUAAAGCUUAUUAAUUAUGUAGAUGUUAAAAAAUUAUAUUUUCGGACUUUAUUAAAUUUAAUUCAACAGAGUUUUUGUGAUUUUUGAGGGAUAAAUUGAGAAUCAUAAGUGCAUAUCAAUUUAGAAAAUGUGCCAAAAGUCAAUUCAGCAAUGAUAAUUAUUAAUCGAAUCCAAAAAUGCCCAGUUAAAGAUAUUUAAGCAAGCAGCUAAUUAAAAUUCCCGGAACUGAAUUUGAUGAUUUUUUUUUGAAUUAAUCAAUUGAAGCUAUAGAAUACUAAUUAUCUGCAUGCUCAAAUCGAGUUAUUGUAAAUUCAAUUUUAUGAA